AUGUUUAAGUGCUGGUCAGCUGUUUUCAUUCUUGGAUUCAUUUUUCUGGAGUCAGAAGGAAGGCCACCCAAAGAAGCAGUAUAUGGCCUUAAAUCCUACCAACCUCUAAUAAGAUUGCGACACAAGCAGGAAAAGAGUCAAGAAAGUUCAAGAAUCAAAGGAUUCCUGAUUCAGGAUGUCCCUUUGGGGUCUUGCGAGAAUAAAUACUGUGGUUUGGGAAGGCACUGUGUCAUCAGCAGAGAAACAGGGCAAGCAGAGUGUGCCUGCAUGGACCUUUGCAAACGGCACUACAAACCUGUGUGUGGAUCUGAUGGAGAAUUUUAUGAAAACCACUGCGAAGUGCAUCGAGCCGCUUGCCUGAAAAAGCAAAAGAUUACCAUUGUUCACAAUGAAGACUGCUUCUUUAAAGGAAAUAACUGCAAGGCCACUGAAUACAGCAAGAUGAAAAGCAUGCUUUUAGAUUUACAAAAUCAAAAAUAUAUUACACAAGAAAAUGAAAACCCUAACGGUGAUGACCUAUCUUGGAAGAAGUUGUUGGUGGAUCAAAUGUUUAAAUAUUUUGAUGCCGACAGUAACAGACUUGUAGAUAUUAAUGAACUAACUCAGGUGAUAAAACAGGAAGAACUUGGCAAGGAUCUUUCUGAUUGUACUUUGUAUGAUCUACUGAAAUAUGAUGAUUUUAACUCUGACAAGCACCUGGCUCUUGAAGAAUUUUAUAGAACAUUCCAGGUUAUCCAGUUGAGUCUGCCUGAAGAUCAGAAACUAAGCACCACAGCAGCAACCGUGGGACAAAGUGCUGUUCUGAGCUGUGCCAUUCAGGGGGCCCUGAGACCCCCCAUCAUCUGGAAAAGGAACAAUAUUAUUCUAAAUAAUUUAGACUUGGAAGACAUCAAUGACUUUGGAGAUGAUGGGUCCUUGUACAUUACUAAGGUUACCACAACUCACAUGGGCAAUUACACCUGCUAUGCAGAUGGUUAUGAGCAAGUCUUUCAGACUCACAUCUUCCAAGUAAAUG